AUGUAUACCGUUCAUCCUAGAAAUCCUAGAAAUGAUGAAUGUUUUUAUUUGCGACUGCUGUUGGUAAAUGUACGUGGACCAAAAUCAUUUGCGCAUUUGAAAACUGUGAAUGGCCACCAAUGCCAAACAUAUCGAGAAGCAUGUCAACUAUUGGGUUUGCUGGAGAACGAUUCUCAUUGGGAUUUAACACUUGCGGAUUCAGUUGUUUCAUCAAAUGCGUACCAAAUACGAACGCUGUUCGCAAUUAUCAUCACCACAUGUUUUCCUUCACAACCAAUUCAGUUAUGGAACAAAGGCAAAGACGACAUAUGUGAAGAUAUCUUGCAUCGCUUGCGCAUUCAAACGAAUAAUCCUGACAUCCAAAUAACCGAUGAAAUCUACAAUGAAGGAUUUAUUCUGAUUGAGGAUAAAUGCUUGACUAUUGCAAACAAGCUACUGAUUGAAGUAGGAAUGAUUGCGCCAAAUCGAUCGAUGCACGAUGCAUUCAACCAAGCAUUAAAUCGAGAGCUGCAAUACAAUGUUGAUACAUUGCAGGAAUUCGUCCGAUAUAAUGUGCCGAUGCUGAAUGAACAGCAAAAACAAGUAUACGAAACAUUAAUGCAGGCGGUGAACAAUAAUACUGGUGGUCUAUUCUUCCUGGACGCACCUGGAGGAACAGGGAAAACAUUUGUCAUUUCAUUGAUUUUGGCCACUAUUCGAUCAAGAUGUGACAUAGCUUUGGCGUUAGCAUCAUCUGGAAUUGCGGCGACUCUUCUAGAUGGCGGUCGUACUGCACAUUCUGCGCUUAAGUUGCUACUCAAUUUAAACACAAUUGAUACUCCAACAUGCAAUAUUUCCCGAUCCAGUGCAAUGGGAAAAUUGUUGAUGCAAUGCAAGCUCAUUGUUUGGGAUGAGUGCACAAUGGCACAUAAGAAAUCACUUGAAGCACUUAGCUUCACACUGAAGGAUUUUCGGCGAAAUAACAACAUCUUUGGCGGCUUGAUGAUAUUGUUGGCAGGCGAUUUCAGGCAGACGUUGCCAGUAAUUCCCCGUGGAACGUCUGCAGAUGAAUUGAAUGCUUGCCUGAAGGCAUCACCUUUAUGA